GUCAAAGCGCAUCGGAUCAUUUCAGGCAAAAUUUUGCAGCCACACCAAGCCUUGACUGUUCUGAAUCCAAUUUUUAUGCCCAUAUAGUAUAGUUGUACUCCCUUUAAACCAAGUGUGCUAAUGACAUCUUUGUAAGAUUGUCGACUGAAGAGAGCGCGGGCAUAAAAAGGCGGAUGGGAAAGAAAUGUCUAGCAAUAAUAUCUAUUGUCACCAUUAUUGGCAUAUUGAUAUGGGCUCACAUGGACACACAUCCUUAUUACAUAAUUACAGCAGCAUUCAGUAAAUCACGGAAGUCAUGUUCAAUAACGCCCAUCAGAGACUCAAAGCACUUUAUGGUGUCUGCGUUUAUCGACCACAGAUUGGACAGGACCAUUCGAGUCAUCAGCAUAAUCAACAGAGACAGUCUUCAGCCACUUUACUGUGUCUACUGCAACAUUGAAAAUGACUGUAAAAUUGUUAGCACAGAUGUCCAAAUACACAGUGACAGUUUUGGUUUCGCUUUUCAUGUCUCAGAUGUGAUUUGUAAAGAUAAGCACUUGCAAAAUGCAACUCAUGUUCUCAUCUCAACUGAUAAAGAUUCAGCCACCCUCAACAUGGAAUAUCUGCCAAUAAAAAAUCGAGUGAUAAGUGAGACCUUUAAAUUUAACUUCACUGUUUGCAUCUCCAGCCUUUUUGGCAACUACAAUAAUGUACUGCAGUUUGCGCAAACUAUUGAGAUGUACAAGCUUCUGGGCAUACAGCGAGUGGUAAUCUAUAACACUAGUUGUGGACCAGACCUGGAAAAGCUCCUACAGCACUAUGAAAGAGAGGGAAUACUGGAGAUUGUAUCAUGGCCUAUCGAUCAAUUUCUUAACCCAUCCUCAGGUUGGAACUUCAAAGAACACAAGGGUGAUCUCCACUAUUACGGCCAGUUGACAACACUCAAUGAGUGCAUAUACAGGCACAUGUAUCAAUCCAAGUAUGUUCUCCUCAAUGAUAUUGAUGAGAUCAUCAUGCCAUACAAGCAUGCCAAUUUGCCUUCUCUUAUGGAGGACCUUCAGUCUGCACACCCCAAUGUAGGUGUGUUCCUUAUUAAGAACCACAUAUUCCCCAAAACACAGUUUGAGGACAGUAGAAAGUACAAAAGAUCAGAAUGGAAUGAUAUUCCUGGUGUCAAUAUCAUGGAGCACAUUUACAGAGAACCUGAUCGAAAGAAUGUUUACAAUCCCACAAAGAUGAUUGUUGACCCACGGAAGGUGGAGCAAACCUCAGUGCAUGUCCCCUUGAAAAGCAUUGGAGGUAAUUACCUUGUACCUUUUAAUGUGUGCAGAAUUGUACAUGUAAGAGAUCCACUGCAGGGGCAUCUUACAAAAAAAGAACUGAUUGUGGACACAAGAGUGUGGGACUUCGAGCAAGAACUGGUACCAAAUGUUGACCAGACUUUGAAACUUUCAGAUGUGUUAAGACCUCACAGUUGACAUUUUUAUAAUGCAAUUUUGUAAUAAUAAAUUACAGUUUUUCUCAAUCGAUUUUAUACAUUUCACCUAACUAUAGUCAGUGCUCUCAAAACUAUUCACACAGACGAUGAUACAGACACUCUGUUUUGCAGAACAAUUCUAUUUCACUGUAUAAUAAAGCAAUGUACUCUUUUCUGAUAAUGUAUUUACUAAAAUGAAAUCCUUAAAUCAAAACUAUAGAUGUGUUUUGUACUCUACUACUGAAAUAACACGUUUAACAUACAAAUCCACAAUAAAGACCUUUUUCCAUUUGUUCAUUACAUUUCUUGUUGUUGCUGCUCUUCCUCUGUAAUAAAAAAUAAAUAAAAAAUAGCAGUCUUGCAAUAUUGUAUGGACCUACGUAAGACAGCACUGUGAGCACACAUAGUACAGUAAUUGUGGACAUUGAUUGUGGCAUCCAGACUGUAACGGGUUCAGGGUGGGCAAGGAGGAGGCGGGAACCGGCAGAACAGUCAACAUACUGUAACUUUAAUGACGAAACUGAACUUAAAACAACAUAAAAACAAACACGCACAAACACACACACACACACACACCGGCCGCGUGUGUCUCUCUCUCGAACUGGCAUCUCCGGCUCUCUUUUAUCUCUCUCUCGUGCACCCUCACGGCCCGGCCACGCCCUCCUCCCCAUCACACAGACCAAUGCCAUU